UAUAUAUUAUACGUUAUUGAUACGCUCAUAUUUUCAAGUUUUUAUAAAAUUAAUUAUAAUUGGUUACUGUAUUCCUGUAAAGUCAUUCUAUUGGUUAGAUUUCUUCUCAUAUAACUCUCAUUGGAUGAAAGGCAUCAACGCCUUUUUGCGAAUGAAAUUUAGGGAAAUAGAAACGUGGUUCGUGGAAAUCAUACUUAGGAACACAAUUUGAAUUUGAUCAACUUUGCAAAGCAGUCUGAAGUCGUUAGUAUCAUUGAAAGUUUAAAUUUGAAUUGCACAGAGUAUUUAUAUUUAUGGCGUGCGUAUAUGUUUUAUAGCAAUAUAUGUAUUAUUUGUAAUCUAUCAAUCUAAAAAAUUAUGGAUUCUGACGUGGAAAAACUUCAAAGUCUGUUGCUCGACACUAAUCUUCCAUCGACUAUACACGAUCUCAAAAAUCCAACAGAGGAUUUUGUUAUAAAUUUAAUCGUAACAUUUUUAACAUGGUUUAAGAUCGAUGUUAAUUCAAUUAACAAGCCCACUUUUGAGCAGCAAGUAGCUAUGUCGUGUGUAGAAGAUACUGACAUUGUAAGCAUUAUUAAUCUACAUGUAAUAAUGAGACAAAUAUGUGACCGAAUAUUUAUAAAAGACUUUUGUAUAAGUGAUAUUACUAAUUGCGGCUCUAAAAGAAUACGUAAAUUUGCAAGAUAUUUAGCAAAUUUUAUACUCUAUGCAACUAAUAAAGAAUCGGAUAUGGAAGACAUUAUAAAAGAAAUUCAUAGCAAAGCUAAAAAGUUAGAAGAAUUACAAGAAAGGAAAAGAAAUAUAUUAACAGUAAAAAAUGAAAAAGCAAUGAACAUUUCCAAGCAAUUAUCUUUAAAAGAAAAGUAUGAAAUGGAAAUUCAAAAAAUGCAAUCACUUAUUGAAGACAAUGAAACAAGAAAACUUGAACUACAGGAAGAGAUGAUUGUUAUAGAAGAGAAGAGACAAAAAGUAGUAGAAGAUUAUAAUGCUCACAAACUUGAAGCUCAAAGGGUUGAUAAAACAAUAGCAGAAUUAAAAUUAGAGGUAGUGAACUCUCCGGAAGAAUAUAAAACUCGUUUGUAUAAUUUAGAAGAACAGAAUAAAGCAAAGAUUGAAGAGCGAGAAAAGAUGCAAGACACAUUUUUAGCUAAAAACGAGUUAGUUAAAAAAUAUGAGAACAUAUUAUCUUUUGUACAGAAACAAUACGAGAAGUUCUCAGAAAUAAGGGAUAUAUAUGAACAUUUAAAGAAAACAAAUAUUCAAGGAGAAAAUAUCAAAAAGCAAGUUGAUACAAUGAAAAAUGAUAUUACUGAAUUAAUUAAAAAACACAAAAUGCAAGAAGAUCAUCAAGGAUCUACGAUCGAUGAGAUUCACGCCCAAACCAAAGAAAGAUUAACUACAGUUCGUGAAUUACAUGCACAAUUAUUAAGUAAUAAAAAGUUGGCAGUAGUGAAAUUGGAAGAAAAUAAAGUGUUAUAUAAUGAGUCAUGCAUGGAUAAAAAUAAAAUUAAAGAUCUCAUUAAAAAAAUAGAAGGAGAAACAUCUGCUUUCAUUAAAAAUUGUCAAGAGCUUUAUAAUAAUGAAAUUCGAAAUGAAAUCAAUUUACAAAAAUAUUUCAACAGAGCUUGGGAGGAAUCACAUAAUAACAUAGAAUAGUUUUUAAAACAUUC